UAUAACUAUUUUCACUUCGAAUUUUCCUCCCAUGCGUAAAUAACGGACUUCUUAAAUAAGGCCUACCGGCGCCCCCGAGCCCUCGAAGAGCGCCAUGUACGGGUGGCUACUGGAGAGCGUGCAGCACUUCAUAGUGCAAGAGUGCGGAGAGGAGAUAUGGGAGACCAUCCUACGGGAAGCCGGCGCGCGGAACACGGUGUUCAGCGCUACUCAGCAAUACCCAGAUGCUUUGAUGUUACGUCUCGCCUGCGCCCUGGCUCGGCUGGUGAGCGAGGAGCCAGCCUGCGCCGCGCCCGGCAGCCCGGCGUCCCGGAAACCCUCCCUUAAGUCCAAGCCCAGCUGGCGCAGCGCCUCCCUUCAUAACGACAACAGGAACCCAAACUUCAAAUGCCCCUUCACAGCCACCAACGCUCUCACUGCGGCCACCAAAAAGGAAAUAGAAGCAUACAACUCUCAAGAAGAAAUCAGAACUCACACAUCAACGGACAAAAUUCAUAUAAAAGAAGAUCUUACUAAUUUGAAAGACGUUACUAACAGUUGCCAGGAAAUCGUUAUGUAUAACAGGAGGAGCUUAGGUUUCAAACUUGAAGACAAUAAGACUUUCUCAUGCGUCCCUUCAACCUCGUCGGAAAUGACCUCUAAAACUACUCCUGAGGAUAAAGAAGAAUCUGGUGACUCGUUACCGACCUCACCAGUAUCUGACAGUGGAAAAAAGACCAAACCCAUAAGGAAGAAUAGUGUUACUCUGGCUAUGGAUGGGUACCGGCGUCGCGGCAGCGUGGCGAAGUCCAAUGCGAGGAUGAACCUCGGCCUUAUCCGCGAGAAUCAGCUACCCGGCAUGAAGGAGAAGUUUGGAACACCCGAAAAAGUUAUGCAUUUCUUUGGGCGAUGCUUUGUGAAGUUCUUCAGUAAAUAUGAGUACGACCAAAUGAUCCGCGCGACGGGACGCUACUUCUGCACGUUCCUGCAGUCGGUGGACAACAUCCACCAGCGCAUGCAGUUCACAUUCCCGCGCAUGCGCUCGCCCAGCAUGCAGCUCACGCGCGCGCAUCGCCACGGCGCGGAGCUCGUCUACAGCAGUACGCGCACCGGCUUCACGCACUAUCUGAUGGGUCAACUGUAUGAGAUAGCCGAGGACAUUUUCUCGUUGAAGCUGAAGGUGUCCAUCAUGAAAGAGAGCAUGGAGGGAAGCUACUAUGUGGCGGUGCUGCGGCUCGAGUUCGACAAUAGUGACUAUGUGCAAUCACUGAUGCUCCGCAAGUCGCUUCCGUGCCCGCUGCCGCCCGUGCCCGUGGCCCUGCUUCUGCAGCUCUUUCCGUUCGGAGUACUACUGGAUAGAAGGAUGAAAAUUAUGAAAGCAGGCGAAAAGCUCGUUUCAGCCUGGGGUGGCCCAUACAAUAGUAUGGUCAAAUCACCCAUUUCAGAGAUACUACGCCUGAGAAAACCAAAAGUUUCAUUCACUUGGGACAAGGUAGUGUGCAUGCAAACCGUGAUGUUCGAGUUGGAGCUGAUGCGAUGGCGAGGCAAAUGCCCCGCCGACGCGCGUCGUGGUUCACAGGGCGCGAAGGCUAUCCUCCUCAAGGGGCCGAUUUACUUCCUCGAGGAGAUCGAUGCCCUCAUCUUCUUGUGUAGCCCAAUAUUUAAUGGCCUCGACGAGUUGAAACAGGCAGACUUGUACCUAGCCGAUAUGAAUGGCCACGGGCUCUCCAAAGAGAUGAUUCUUCACGGCUGGCAACACCUGUCCAAACUGGAGCUCCUCUUCGAAAGGGCUGAGAGCCGGAGUCUCUCCCUGGAGAAAUCGUGUCGUUUGCUGGACCAGUGGAAAAAACGGAGCGACCAGCUACUAUACUCUAUGAUACCGAAAGCUAUCGUUGACCAUUUAAGAGCAGGGAAAGACGCAAUGUCUGCUUGUCAGGCGUUCGACGUGACAAUAAUGUUCUGCGGCGUGCAGCUGGCGGAGGCCGGCACGCGUGCCGACGUCAUGCACACGGUGGCGCACAUGAAUGAGGUGUACUCGCGCAUCGACCGCCUUCUGGACGCGCAUCGCGUCUACAAGGUGGAGACGGUAGGCACGGUAUACAUGCUGGUAGCGGGCGCGCCAGAGCGGCGCCGCGCGCACGCCGCCGCCGCCGCCAGCGCUGCGCUCGCCAUAGCACGCGCGCUGCCACGCCUUACCAUUGGCGUUCAUUCGGGCCCUUGCGUAGCGGGCGUGCUGGGGCUGAAGUUACCGCGGUACUGUCUAGUGGGUGACUCCGUAAACACAGCUAGUCGUAUGCAGACUACGUCCGAGCCGGGUCGCAUACAAAUAUCGGCAGCUACGGCAGCGCAGCUCCCCGCCGGUCGCUUUCGACUACGGCGCCGAGGACUAAUCAAAGUUAAGGGCAAAGGCAUGAUGGAGACGUUCUGGCUAGAAGGCGAGGUUGAGGAGGACGAGGCGCAUGAGGCGCUGCAGCUCUUCUCUGCCCUCUGCGGGGACGCCUGAGGCCUUCGAAGCCGACGCUAAAAUAAACCUUAAGGUCCAUAUAACUCCUUAUAUGGCUUUGGAACACGUACCUACCUAGUUAGGGCCAAACUCAAAUUACUUUGACCUAAGACUCCGGUGCCGCCGGUGCCUAAUUCGAACAAAAAAGCUAUAAACGCGUGCCCAGAUUCCUUUUUACUUAUUAUGUAAGUAGGUAACUUACAUAAUAAGUAAAAAGAAAUCUGGGCGUCAAACGCAGCUCGAUGUAUAACUAUUUGUAAAUUUCUAUUACCCUAGCACGACCUAGCUGUUUACAUUUAAAAAAUAUUACUUAUUGAAGUCAAAUUGGAACUACAUUACACAAAAUACCUAGAUCAGUAAUACGAAGUAAGAGGAAUUCGGGUUAUUGGUCACCACACCACCUUGUAAUACCUAGUAUCUAAAAAUUCUAAAAUAUAACAUAUGUAGAAAUUGGAGAUUGUAAGUAAAAGAUAACUAUUACUGUAACGUGUAGUUGUAAUGUUAAGAGUAUAAAAUAAGUAUGUAAAGUA